UACACACACUACCACACCUCAAGCCCCCUAAGCCAAAAUCCAAACUUGACAAACUCUUCUGCUUCACUGUGUGUGUGUGUGUGUGAGAGAGAGAGAAAUCACUCUCUAUGAUCUAUAUGAUGAGCUCUAGUCAUCGCUCUCACGCGGAGUUGCAGUGAUCACUCACCUCAAACACAAGAAAAAAGAUCAUUUUUUUCCAAAAUUCUUCAAAAUCUUUCACCCCUUUGAAGAAAUUAAUCAAACACUCCAUCAAACUCCACAAGACUUGAUGGCCCUCUUCUCCUUCCAUGAUCCAAAGACAAAAUUUUUCCACAUAUUUCGAUCUUGAUCUCGAAAAAGAUCACAACUUUCAGAAACCCUUUUUCCUCAAUUUUCCAAAAUCAUCGAUUCUCAUCAAGCCCAUCUGCAAUUUCGCGUAAAGAUCGUUUUUUUAUCGCGACCCAGAAAAAAAAAAUGCAAGACCCAUCGCUGUAUUCGCAGAUCAAAGCGCAAGUGCAGCCGCCGCCGCAAUUCCCGGAGCAAGAACACCUGAAAUGCCCCCGCUGCGAUUCCUCAAACACCAAAUUCUGCUACUACAACAACUACAAUCUCUCCCAGCCGCGCCACUUCUGCAAGAACUGCCGCCGCUAUUGGACGAAAGGCGGCGCCUUGCGCAACAUCCCCGUCGGCGGCGGCUCCCGGAAGAAUUCCAAGCGCGCCGCCUCCUCCUCUUCCUCCGCCACAAAACGCCCCGCCGCCGCCGCCGCCGAACCGUCGUCGAGCGUCAAGAGCGAAGCGGCCGAGCCGCCGCCGCUGAAGGGAGAGAAUUUCGCGGGGCAGUUUGGGAAUUUGAUGGAGCCGGGCGGCAGCUUCAGCUCUCUGUUGGGCUCCGGCGGGGGGCAUUUCGGUAAUUUCCUGGACGGGCUGGGCGCUGCAGGGUCCGGGUUGCGGGUCGCGGGUCAGUUUGUGGAUCCGGGUUCGGGUCAGAAUGUGGAUCCGGGUGUUUUGGAGAGUGAUGUGAGUGUUAGCAACAAUGCGGAUGGAUUCUUGAGCAUCCACGGCGGAGACGGCGGCGGCGGCGGCGGUGGAGGAGGAGAUGGUGGCUGUUGGGGUGGCGGAGGGAAUGGUUGGCCUGAUCUUGCUAUUUACACACCAGGCUCAACUUUUCUUUAGUGUGAGAAAAGGUGAGCAAAUUGAGAUAUUUUUAUUUCAUACAGACUCGUUUUUUAAUCAUAUAUAUAUAAUGGUGGUGGUGGUGAUUGUGUUAUGUUAUAGUGGUAUGAAUAUUGAAGUAAUUUGGUGAUGGGGAGAUGAUCAAUGCUGAGAGUUGGGAUUCCUCAUUGGCCAUGAUAUUAGAGUUCUAUAGUUUUAUAUAUAUAAAUAUAGGUUUUUUCUAUGAUGAUUUUGUGUGUUUUGGGACUUGUAUGAGCUUUACUAAUAGUUGAAAUGGUAAUAUAUUAUGGAAAUAGAGAUUUUUCCCUUCA